GCGAUGACCAGGUUGUUGAUGCGUCGGACCUUUGCGACCCGCGCGGCUGCCGUCAUCGACGAGGAGCUCAAGACUGUGAUCCAGCAGCUUCGAAGCAUGGGCUCUGAAGGAGCGGCCGUGCUCGUCACCCCAGACCACGUGACCAAGCUGGCAGACACGAAGACGCCUGCGACACUGUACCAGAUGGGCCAAGCCAUCUUUGAAAACUCGACGGACGACAGCAACGCCAGCAGCAUCACGCAGUCGGUGUUGUUGUGGCAAACGGCGGCUGCCAAAGGCCAUUUGAACGCCAAGUACAGCUACGCCCAGUGCUUAAAGCAAGGCAAAGGCGAGCUCAAAGCAGACCCUGUGGCCGCCACCGCUCAUUUUCGACAACUGUAUGAAGCCAAGCAUGCAUGGGGCACGUAUGGCUACGCAGAGGCGCUCAAUUUCGGCGACGGCAUCAGGCCGAAUAAACCCAAAGCAUUUGAGCUGUAUAUGGCCUGCGCCAGAUCAGACUUGCCGCCAGCAUACAUGGCAGUUGCCAACAUGUACGCAUCGGGCGAAGGCGUGGCCAAGAACCCAGGUGAAGCGCUCGAGUGGUACCAUAAAGCCGCCGCAAAGGGCGACGCGCACGCCAAGUCGAUCCUCGGGGACUGGUACUUUAACGGCGUCCACAACGUCGUUCAAAACGUUUCGUUGGGGUUGUCAUUACGCCAAGAAGCGGCGCGGGCAGGCGUUCCGAACGCGUUGUUUAACAUGGGCUGUCUGUAUCGCGUGGGCGACCACGUCGAAAAAAACGAAACGGUGGCGUACAAGCUGUUUCAGCAAGCUGCGAUCAAAGGCCACGGCCUUGCCAUCUUCAACGUCGCGCUCAUGCUGCGCGACGGCGUGGGGGUACCACCGAACAAAGAGGCGGCCAAAAAAUGGCUCCAAACGUUAGCUCCCCACGACAUCCAGGCAAAAGAGAUGCUCGACGCGAUGGACUAAUUCACAGUGACCAAAUAUACUACAUAUUUGUUGGCAUUCAUGCAAAAAUCAG